GGAGGUAAUCUAAAAUAAGAUUAAUCUAAUUUGAGAUUAUGACGUCACCGAAAUGGGCGGAGCGAUGACCAUAUAAGGAGCGAUAAUCAAUAUUUAGAUUAUAUUUCCGACGUGUCCUCAUUCAAACCCCUCAUAACCAUCGAAGAACUGCUCAUAACCACGAUAUUUUUUUGUUGAGUGACAGACAAAACCCGAUCCUACAGAUUGCGAACUGGCCAGCACAUUUGAGAUUGGACUUUGGGAGUUAUGACGUGAAUAGUGAAGGUCACCGCUGAACGGGCAAAUACAUUAAUCCAUUUUACUCCUUUUUAUGGUACUCAUUAAAUGUUAAGAAAGGAUUUUUUGGCAGUUCUGAGAUAAGAAAUAUUAAAUUAUUCAAUCCCACUACGAAAAAAUGCGUAUAAUACAACGCAUUUAUUUCAUUUCGGCUACGGCGAUUUACGGCCGCGAUCUAGCUCUGUCCGUGGCGUCGUGUAUCCUCUCGGUAAUAAUUUUUUCCCGCCCGUAUUUUUCGAUGGAAUGGUGCCAAAGUGGUACCAAAAUAAUGGUAACAUGUUAUUUACCCAGCAAAAUUAAAGUUGGGUGGUAGAAGUGUGGCAUUAAUGCGUUAUUGGCGUACAAAACCGGUGUUCGGCGCUGGCUCUGCCGGCGGACUCCUGACGGCUGAAGACGGCGCCGAGUUCGGGCGGCUGCGCGGGCUGCCAUGCAGGCCACGCUGGCGCACAGUCCGUGCCCGUCACCGCUGCCGGGCCGUCGGCUCUCGCGCUCCCGGGAGUCGCUCACGGAUGCAGAGGUGUCUGACCUGCUGGCGGCCGGCGCGCGCGGACCGGCACCCAGGGACGGCUGCGGCAGCAGUGGCGCCGCCAGCGCCGGCCUCCGGCUCAACGUGCCACAGGAGAUGACACAGACGCCGCCACGCUCCGGCUCCGAGCGCUGGGAGCGCAUCAACUCGCCGGACCCGCACCAGCGCGCCGCCGGCGAGCGCACCCGCCGCAAGCUGCAGUUCUUCUUCAUGAACCCGCUGGACAAGUGGCGCGCGCGCCGCCGGCCGCCCUACAAGUUGACCAUCCAGCUGGUGAAGGUGGUACUGGUGACGCUGCAGCUCACGCUGUUCGCCAGUCGGCGCUUCUCGCACGUGACCUACCUGCAGACGAGCCAGGUGUCGCUGCAGCACCUGCUGGUGCGCGGCUGGGACGUCAGCCGGGAGGUCAACGCCUACCCGCCGGCCAUCGGACCGCUGGCCGUCUACGCGCAGGCCGACUACUUCGCCGCGCUAGACUUCGCCAUCAACGCCUACUACGACAUCAGGAACCUGUCGACAGCCGGUGUGGACUACCCGGCCUCGAGCGGUCCCGUGUCGCAGCUCUGUGUCGACGAGUACCGCGUGGCCGACAUCCGGCCGGCCGACAUGUGGUACCGCUUCGACGAGCACCUGCAGACGCGCUGUCUGGUGGUGCGCCCGGCCGAGGCCGACUUGGUGGCGCACAACGUCUCCAGCCAGCGCUACAUGCGCGAGCACGACUUCAACGUGUCCUUCUCGAGCCUGAGCGAGACGCGACUCUCGCUGGGCCUGAACGCGGUGAAGCUGAAGCUGGUGAUGCCGCUGGACGUCCCGGACUGCUACUACUUCAACGUGACGGUGACUCUGGACAACAGCAACCAGGACGGCCAGAUACUGCUCUCGAUGAACGUGGAGCCGAGCUUGCGCCGCUGCGACGGCGACGUCGAGUUCCGCACGGACGACACCGAGAUCGAGGUGCUGUUCACGCUGGUGAAUGUGCUGGUCAUCGUGGUGUGCGCCGUGUCGCUAGUGAUGUGCGUGCGCGCCCUGUACCGCGCCCAGCUGCUUCGGCAGGAGACCGACCAGGUGAUGCGCAAGUUCUUCGACUACUCGCUCACCACGGAGGAGCACCUGCGCUUCCUGAACCUGUGGUACGUUCUCAUCAUCAUCAACGACGGCCUCAUCAUCCUGGCGUCGCUGAUGAAGAUCCAGCUGGAGAACAAGUUCGGCGACUACCAGGUGGACGCCGGCACGUGGAACGUCUGCUCGGUGAUGCUUGGCAUCGGCAACCUGCUGGUCUGGGUGGGCGUGCUCCGCUACCUGGGCUUCUUCAGCGCUUACAACGUGCUCAUCCUGACCGUGCGCAAGUCGCUGCCGAGCGUGCUCCGCUUCUCCGUGUGUGCGCUCAUCUGCUACGCCGGCUUCCUGUUCUGCGGCUGGCUGAUCCUUAACCCGUACAACAUGAAGUUCCGCACGCUCAGCCUCACCUCGGAGACGCUGUUCUCGCUGAUGAACGGAGACGACAUGUUCGCCACGUUCGCGCAGACGUCCCGCAGGUCGAUGCUAGUCUACUGGUUCUCCAAGUUCUACGUCUACGUCUUCGUCUUUUUCUUCAUCUACCUGGUGCUCAGUCUUAUGAUCUCCAUCAUCAUGGACUCGUACGAGACCAUCAAGACGUACUACCAGGAGGGUUUCCCGCAGACGCCGCUGGACGAGUUUAUGCAGGUGCGCCGCCACGACCCGGCGACGGGCGUGUACCGCCAGGACGAGGACGAGCUGCUGCUGUUCCGCCUGCUCACCUUCUGGAGCGGCUGCUGCAAACCGGACCCGAGCGGCCUGGUCGGCCCGCCGGCCGACUCCAGUCCGCUCACCGACUCGGAGACCACGCCGCUGCUGCGCUCGGCCGCCGCCGUCCCCGCCUGAGGUCGCCGCGGCCCUCGCGGCGGCCCCGCCGUACAUCCCCGAGGCCCCGAGAGGGACGCGUGGCUGCCGCUCUCGCCACCCGGGCACCGGUAGAACCGAGCGCUUGGAGCGCGCUGAUGUUCAAAGAUCGGAAAGGCCGCUGAAGUCUGUCAACUCGUGUGAGUGUUGCGCUUGUGGUGCAGGCUUUUCUAGUUUGAAAACGACGCUGCUCACUUUUUGAGCGUCGCUGCUGCCUGAAAAGGUGGUAGGUAGCUGAUGUGUCUUCCGUGAUCCGUCGCUUCUGCGCAGAUAAGAAUCUCAUUGAAGGUUAUCUUAGAGCCACCAGCCCACUUCCUGACUUUUACACUGACCAAAACCUAUGCAAAACUGCUAAGGGGCUUUUACAUAAGGGAAGUACGGGGUCGGUUAUCCUUUUAGAUUAUAUUAAAAACAAGUGAAAGUGGUGAGACAUAGAUAGCCUUUGUGCCAAGUAGAUCAGUAUUAUUGAUUUUUCGUCAAAUCAACGAAGUCACAUAUUUUCCGAACUAUCUGCUGAUAGUAUUUAGAGUGGUAAGCAGUGAGUUAUGUGUGAUUGGCCGUGAAAGUCAGUGGUGUUUUAGGGUGUGAUGGCGUACGAGUGUCGUACGUAUUGGUGUGAUUUUAUCACGACUCUGUAUCUUUGCUGUGAGAGUUGUUGCAAUUGUAUUAACGUUAUUUGCAUGAUUCAUAAUUAAUUGAUCAAAAUAGUCAUGAUUAUAAUUUAUAAUAGUCAUCAGCUGCAAUAUGCAUAUGUUAUCAUUGAUUGCGUUUAUCUAGUUCUGUUUAGCCCUGACGCCAUUAUCGAGCAACAGAUCCACCGUACCCGGUUACCGUAUCACCAUGCCAACAGCCUGCACGUCGCAGCCGGCUGCCCUGGUUUAUUGCAAUAUGAAACAUUAACUGUGUUGUAUAUCGUGUAUGAACGCUAUCAUGCUGCCGUGCUGACCCAGCCGGCCGGCCGGCCCUGUGGCCAUAACGGUGCUGUUUUUCCGCGCUAAUGAGUGUGACUGUGGCGGUCUGACCGGCCCGUGCGCUCCGGGCUCCCCGCGCGGCGGACGGGGCACGGACGGAUGUAAAUACACGCUGUCGUAUGG